UAUUCUUGUGAAAUUACAGUACACUGACGUUCGACCAAUAAACGCACACCGCGGCGUUGUUGGGGCGGGCCUAGUUUACGGUGAAGGUUGUGUGUGAAAAGUGUACGAGUAGCAGGAGCGGAGCGGGUAGUACGGUGAGCUGUCCCUAACCUCGCCAAAAUGACCAAGCUGGGCUUCCUGCGUUUGUCCUAUGAGAAACAGGACACACUGCUGAAGCUGCUCAUCCUGUCUAUGGCUGCUGUCCUCUCAUUCUCCACCAGGCUUUUUUCCGUGUUGAGGUUUGAAAGUGUCAUCCAUGAGUUCGAUCCGUACUUCAACUACCGUACCACCCGCUUCCUGGCAGAAGAAGGAUUUUAUAAGUUUCACAACUGGUUUGAUGACAGAGCCUGGUAUCCUCUGGGGAGGAUCAUUGGUGGCACCAUUUAUCCAGGAUUGAUGAUCACGUCUGCCGUCCUCUACCACGUCCUACAUUUUUUCCACAUCACCAUUGACAUUCGAAAUGUCUGCGUUUUCCUGGCUCCCCUGUUCUCCUCCUUCACUGCCAUAGUCACCUACCACUUUACCAAGGAGCUGAAGGAUGCAGGUGCUGGGCUCCUGGCGGCUGCCAUGAUUGCAGUGGUGCCUGGUUAUAUCUCUCGUUCUGUUGCUGGCUCCUAUGAUAAUGAAGGUAUCGCCAUCUUCUGCAUGUUGUUGACCUAUUACAUGUGGAUCAAGGCUGUCAAAACAGGGUCAGUGUACUGGUCGUCCAUGUGCGCCCUGGCCUACUUCUACAUGGUUUCCUCCUGGGGUGGCUACGUGUUCCUGAUCAACCUUAUACCCCUCCACGUUCUGGUGCUGAUGCUCACAGGCCGAUUCUCUCACCGCAUAUACGUGGCUUACUGCACCGUCUACUGCCUGGGCACCAUCCUCUCCAUGCAGAUCUCUUUUGUUGGUUUCCAGCCAGUGCAGUCUUCAGAACACAUGGCAGCCUUCGGUGUGUUUGGCUUGUGCCAGAUCCAUGCCUUUGUGGACUACCUGCGCAGCAAACUCAAUGCUCAGCAAUUUGAGGUGCUGUUCAAGAGUGUCAUCUCUCUGGUGGGCUUUAUCCUGCUGUCUGCGGGUGCUGUUCUCAUGCUGACAGGUAAAAUCUCUCCAUGGACUGGUCGUUUCUACUCGCUGCUGGAUCCCUCCUACGCCAAGAACAACAUCCCCAUCAUCGCCUCUGUCUCUGAGCACCAACCCACAACCUGGUCCUCAUACUACUUUGACCUCCAGCUGCUGGUUUUCAUGUUCCCAGUUGGUCUUUACUACUGUUUUAACAACCUGUCUGACGCCAGGAUCUUCAUCAUCAUGUAUGGAGUUACCAGCAUGUACUUCUCAGCUGUCAUGGUGCGUCUGAUGUUGGUGUUGGCUCCAGUCAUGUGCAUCUUGUCAGGCAUUGGUGUCUCCCAGGUGUUAACCACUUACAUGAAGAAUUUGGAUGUCAGUCGGCCAGACAAGAAGAGCAAGAAGCAGCAGGACUCAACUUACCCCAUCAAAAAUGAGGUUGCCAGUGGGAUGAUUCUGGUCAUGGCUUUCUUCCUCAUCACGUACACCUUCCACUCGACCUGGGUGACCAGUGAAGCCUACUCCUCUCCUUCCAUUGUCCUUUCGGCUCGUGGAGGUGACGGCAGCCGCAUCAUCUUCGAUGACUUCAGAGAGGCCUACUACUGGCUCCGCCACAACACUCCUGAGGAUGCCAAAGUCAUGUCAUGGUGGGAUUAUGGCUAUCAGAUAACUGCAAUGGCUAAUCGAACAAUUCUAGUGGACAACAACACCUGGAACAACACACACAUCUCCAGAGUUGGACAGGCCAUGGCAUCCACAGAGGAGAGGGCCUAUGAGAUUAUGAGGGAGCUGGAUGUCAGUUAUGUCCUGGUCAUCUUUGGAGGACUGACAGGUUAUUCCUCAGAUGACAUCAACAAGUUUCUGUGGAUGGUCCGUAUUGGGGGAAGCACAGACACAGGCAAACACAUCAAGGAGCACGACUACUACACUCCCACCGGAGAGUUCAGAGUGGAUCGUGAGGGUUCGCCUGUCCUGCUCAACUGCCUCAUGUACAAGAUGUGUUACUACCGCUUUGGACAGGUCUACACAGAGGCCAAGCGCCCUCCUGGUUAUGACAGAGUGAGGAAUGCUGAGAUUGGGAACAAAGACUUUGAGCUGGAUGUGUUGGAGGAGGCCUACACAACAGAGCACUGGCUGGUUAGGAUAUACAAGGUGAAAGAUCUUGACAACCGUGGUCUUUCAAGGACAUAAGAUCUUCUGAUGGCAGUGAAAACAGCAUUUUAGCGCACAGCACUGAACGCCUUCCCCUAUGGUCUGCAGAUGAGUGGGAAAGAGUACUUUUUAUACUUUUUGUUUAGGGGAAGAAAAUUGCAUCAGAGAUUUAGGUUUUUUUGUGGAUGAUUUUCAUUUUUUUAUUUUGUUAUAAUGAAAUGUCUCAUCUGGGAUCAGAGGGAACUGGUGUCAAAACGUCCAGUCUAAUGUCAGGAGUGUAAUUUGCCAAGAAGCGCUCAAAUGAAAGCAGUGUUCAUUUCUGAGCGCUUUGGAUUUUUACGUGAUCAAUUAAAGUGGGAUUAAAUGUGAUAAAA